ACGAGGGAGACGGAAGGCGACUGAAGGAGAGAGGCGCACAGAAAACGGGUCCACGGCUGGGUGGAGGAACUAGUCUCACCUAGUAGAUCGCCCUGUCGCGGUGUGUGCUUUCGCGGGCGGCCGAGAGACGCGAACGAGAGUAGGAGGAGGGAACGCGAGUUCCCUUCUACGCGGCGCGAGAGAGGCGGAAAAAAAAAAAGAGAGGCGAGAGAGCACGCACACAGACGUACGCGGGAGCCGUGCGGCCGCGGGAAGUAGUAUACGUGCCUCGCGUGUAUGCACGGCGUGUGUGCACCGGGAGGAAACGCACGUACGUGCAGAAGGAGUCGAGAUAGCCGACGAGAGGGACGGAGACGGAGAGAGAGAAAGAGAGAAGCGAGGGAGACAGGCUGUGUGUAUGUACCAUCAGAAGAGUGUACCAGGCUACUAGUGUUGUGACGGCGAUCGUGCCCACGACUUCUCCGGCGGGCCGGCAUCCGCGUUCUAUCCGUCUAUCUUCCUUUCCGUCGCGCCCUACCUGAUCCCCGACGUCGCGUCGGAAACCCUCCGUUCCCCCUUGCCCUCGGGAGCCCCCUCGGUAUCCUCUUCCUUGUCGAGAGCGACCCCUACUCCCCCUUCGAAGCUUUCUUCCCUUUCCUUUUUGCUUAUAGUUUUUUCUCUCUCUUUCUCUCUCGCUUCCUUUCUCUUCCCGCGUUCCCGGUGCAAUUUCGCGGCACGCGUCUCUACUUCCGGCCGAAAAGUGACUUCUCGGGCGGCGGGCCUCUCAGCGGCGCACCAGUACAGUUCGCCGCUUUGACUGGGAAUAUACGCUUCGCGAGUGUCGUCGUACAAUAUCGCGCGUUGAUUAGGCUCUGUUGUCCACGCGAGUGCAAGUGUUCUGGAAACGCGCACCACGUGCUGCCGCGACAUCAUCGUCGAUGGGAUAAAGAAGAACAUCGGCAGACACCAAAGGGAUCGCGUUUCAUUAGCAAGAUACAAUGUUCGAUUCAAUGUCAAUCAUGCGGUGUCUAUUGAUGCUCCAGAUUUUAAUCGCCGUAGUGCAGCCCAACCUCGAGGCUCGGCAAGGUGUAUCUAAUAUCAGAGGAAUGUACACCCCGCAGGAACACUUAUACGAUCACGAAAUCGUAAUACCACGGAAGGUGAAUUUCCGAGGCGAUUUGAUCUCGCAUAAUGUAACACAUCAUCAUCACGAGGACGGGCCAAUCGUUCAUUACCGAGUGGCGGUAGCCGGUAAUGAAUAUCACCUCGAACUGUCAACGGCCGACAACUUCAUCGGCCGUGCGAUGGUCGUAGAAAGGCGGAAGCGGUCUCUACACGUUCGCAGCCCGGCGAAAAAUCAUGGCAGCAAAUGUCAUUAUCGGGGAUUCAUUAAGGGCCAUCGGAAUUCCCGUGUCGCCCUGUCUGCCUGCGACGGUCUGGCGGGUAUGCUGCGCGGCGACCACGGCGAGUUCUGGCUGGAACCAGUCGCCGUGUCUCUAGAAGAAAAACGCGGCACGUCGUCUGUCGACGAAGCGACGACCAACGACUUAGUAGGCGCCGGUGCCCGCUCGUCGAUUCACGGGGUCCCGGCAGCGGGCCGGCCCCAUCUCAUCUUCCGGCGCUCGGCCGAGCAACAGCAGCAGCAACAGCAGCUCGAGAUCGUCGCCGGCGGCGGUCGUAGCAGGCGACGGCGCAAAAAGAAGAGGAAGCAGGAGAGAAAUUGCGGCACCCGCGAACCGCGUCGAUUGACAGAGACGCGGCUCGAAUGGCAAACUCAACCGGGCCUCGUACAAGUUCAAGGCCGUGGACGAAGGAAACAUCAUCAGACGAAACGGUGGCAUCGUUCCAAGAGAUCGAUCAGUACACCGCGUCAUGUCGAGGCUCUCAUCGUCGCUGACACGACGAUGAUGGCUUUUCAUCAGGACGGCGAUGUAGAAACCUAUCUCUUAACUAUCAUGAACAUGGUAUCCGCGCUCUACCUCGACCCCACCAUCGGCAAUUUCAUCAACAUCGUCGUGGUCCGCAUUAUUCUCGUCGAAGAAGAAGACGCAGAGCAAGGGCUGAACAUCACGGUAAACGCAGACAGAACCCUAUACAAUUUCUGCAAAUGGCAACAGAAGCUAAAUCCGAGCGACGACUCGCACCCGAAUCACCACGACGUAGCGAUCCUGGUGACGAGGAAGGACAUUUGUUCGCGCGCGAAUACUCCAUGCAGCACCUUGGGAGUGGCGCAUGUCGCCGGUAUGUGCCAACCGGAUCGUAGCUGCAGUGUCAACGAGGACAAUGGAAUCACGUUGGCACACACGAUCACACACGAAUUGGGACAUAAUUUCGGAAUGUAUCACGACACGGAAAAAAUAGGCUGCAGUAAGCGCGAAGGUGACACAUUACACGUGAUGACGCCAACGUUUGAAGUGGACGCUGUUGGAGUGGCUUGGUCGAGAUGCUCCAGGAGAGACAUCACGAACUUUUUAGACCAAGGGAAAGGCGAUUGUUUAGAAGACGAACCGGCGGACAAUAGUUACGCAUAUCCGGAUUUACCACCCGGUGCAAUGUAUGACGCCGAGCACCAAUGCAGGCUACAAUUCGGUGUAAGGGAAGCUUCUGUCUGUUUGACUUCUGCUUCAUUGCACGAGAUCUGCUCGAAACUAUGGUGCUUCGUAGACGGCAGCUGCACCAGUAUGAUGCAUCCUGCAGCUCCGGGAACACAUUGUGGAAAACACAUGUGGUGUCAAAAUCAAGAAUGCGUACCUAUCGUCGAUCGGCCGCGGCAUAUCGACGGCGGUUGGGGCGAGUGGGGUUCGUGGAGCGAGUGCUCGAGGACUUGCGGCGCCGGGGUUUCAAUAGUCGAGAGGAAAUGCGACCAUCCGGAGCCCGCGCAUGGCGGAAAGUUCUGCAUAGGCGAGAGACGCCGCUACAAAAUUUGCAACACGCAGCCUUGCCCGGAAGGCGCGCCGAGUUUCCGCGCGCUGCAAUGCAGCGACUACGACGGCACAGAAUAUAAGGGAAAGAACUAUACCUGGCUGCCGUAUUUCGACCAAAGCAUGCAAGAACGAGAAAUCGAAACUGUACGUGGUAAUGUAAAAUCGGAGCCUUGCGAACUUUAUUGCACCGAUACGGAGGAAAGCGUAAUCGUACCUUGGGGAGAAGCUGCUCUCGAUGGUACCCCAUGCAACGUUGGUACCAGAGACAUGUGCAUUGCCGGCAUAUGCAGGAAAGUUGGCUGCGAUUGGGCGGUGGAUUCCGAUGCUACGGAAGAUCGCUGCGGUAUUUGUCACGGCGAUGGUACUCAAUGUGAAACCACCAGCGGCGUUUAUGACAAAAAUGAUGGUCCCGGAUAUAAAGAAGUUAUUAUUAUUCCAUCUGGCUCGCGAAACAUUAAGAUCGAAGAGAUCGGUAACAGCAAGAAUUACAUCGGCAUCGGUAUACCAAAGUCCGACAAGUACUUCUUGAAUGGAAAACGGCAGAUCACUUUAGCGGGCGAGUACGAAGUCGCCGGAACGCCAGCUUUAUACGAACGUGAUCGAGAAAAAGAGAAAAUCAGAAUACCAGGUCCUAUCAAGGAAGACAUCGUGGUCUAUUUAAUUUAUAGAGGUCACUAUCGCAAUUUUGGACUACGUUACGAAUACACGGUGCCGAAAAAGGAACCUGAUCGAGCUCCAGAAUAUUCGUGGGUGUCUUCCGAUUGGACACUCUGCACAGUUACUUGCGGCGGCGGCACUCAAACUUCGCACGCUGUUUGUCAUGAAAGAAAAAGUGGCAUCGUCGAGGACCACUUCUGCGACGGUAUAGAGAAACCCGAGCCAAAAGUACGCGAAUGCAAUUCGAAUCCGUGCCCUGCGAGGUGGUGGGUAGGCCCAUGGCAGAUGUGCCCCGUUACAUGCGGCGACGGUGCAUUGCGCAAGAGAUCGGUGAUGUGUGUGUUUUCCGGCGCGGGUACCGAUCGAUCAGACUUGGCUCUACCCGAUCGCGACUGCGACAAAAACAUGCGGCCCGAAGAAUUGGAACCAUGCCCCGAUCUACCGCCAUGCGGACCCACCUCGGAAGUGCCGUUGAUCGUGUACGCCGACAACAAAGACAUGUCGUUCUACAACAUCAGCCUCAACGAGCAGGACAUGACGAUAGUCGAUGGUCUCACCACCGAAGAACCGGAGAUUCUCGAGUUUGAUAAUGUCGUCGACGAAAACCCGGACAAUUCUAUGUACAACACCAAGUCGAAAUGGACAGUAUCGAAGUGGAGUCACUGUUCGAAUGGCAAGAGGAGUAGGAAGGUCACCUGUUCCAUUCCGGGUGAUUGUAAUCCGGAUAACAAGCCGCCUAGCAUCGAGGACUGUUAUAGUGGAAAGUGGAUCUCUGGAAAGUGGGGAAGUUGCAACGCGACUUGUCUCAUAAAGCUUGGAGUUAAACAUAGAGAAGUGCAAUGUCGUGAUCGCCAGACAGACUUGCUGUCCGACGAUUGUAAUCUCGACAGAAGACCGUUUGACACGAAACGCUGUUAUUACCGACGGCAAUGCGCCAACGAGAAAAAUGAUUGCAAGAAUAACACAGCUUCAUCAUGUGCAAACCAUAAACAUAUAUGUGAUCUACGAAAACAGUGUUGCGCCAUGUGCAAACGACGGCGACAUGUUCGUCACAAUAGACGUUAUACCUUUACUGAAUAAAGUAAAGAGCUGAGAAGAGCAGAGUGCAUAAGUAUUUUGAAACGAUUUUUUGUAACGGAUAUAUCCGUCCCAUCUUGUGUAUAUUAUAUAAAUUAAUAUAAGAGCACAAUUUAAAGUUUUACAUUUAACGUGUGACAAUGAAAAAAUAGAAAAGUGUAUGACAGAAGUGAUAUUUCGAGAUUAUAUUUGUAACUUUGUACUAUCACGUAUAUGUGUAUAUUUUGUAUUGAGGUGUAACUGUAAUCCAUCACUUACCUUCAAUUAUUUGCAUCAAUCUGCUUUGUAAAAUAAAAAUAUUAAUUGAAAAAUGUUGCACAGGCCAAAUAGACAUUUAUCAACUACUGUAUUUUAGAAAAAAAAUAUUUAUAAUGAUAACAUGAUAGAAAAUUCUUAUAUAUUUUAAUAAUUUAUUCAAUGUAUUAUAUCAUUUUUUCAAUUGUGUUAUUUUGUCAACUGAUUAAUAUUCUCAUUAUUGUAAAUUUUGAGUAAUAACUUGCAACAUUUUUCUAUGGAGCUAUUUUCAAUUAUCAUUGCACAAUAACAAAAUAUUUAUAACUUCAAUAAUUUUGACUGAAAAAUCUACGUUAUAACAGAACAAAAACUGUUUAUAUUAUUGUUUUAAAAAUAAGAUUGCUAUACUUGUAUCUGGCAGAUUGAUGCAAUGAGUGACUUAAUCAAAUAUUUACAUUUAAGAAAUGUCCAUACAAAAUUUAUAAAUAUAUAAUAUUUUUAUAUGCUUUUUUUAUGAUAUAAAAUCUGUCCCUAUACGCUGAUUUAAUCAAUUUAAUCAGCAAUC